CAUCGCUUCUCAAAAUUUUCUUCAAAGAACAAAUCUCUUCUCCCAAAUCUAAAUCUUCUUCUCUCUUCGUUUCCAUAAAGAUGUCUUCGAAGAAGAUUGUGUUGAAGAGUUCCGAUGGUGAAUCUUUCGAGGUUGAUGAGGCGGUGGCUCUCGAGUCACAGACCAUAGCCCACAUGGUUGAAGACGACUGCGUCGACAACGGAGUCCCUCUUCCCAACGUCACGAGCAAGAUCCUCGCGAAGGUGAUCGAGUAUUGCAAGAAGCACGUUGAGGUUGCUGCCGCCAAGACCGAGGCCGUCGAUGGUGCCACCUCCGAUGAAGACCUCAAGAACUGGGACACUGAGUUUAUGAAGAUCGAUCAGGCUACCCUCUUUGAACUCAUUCUGGCUGCUAAUUACCUGAACAUCAAGAACUUGCUUGACCUAACAUGUCAGACAGUGGCCGAUAUGAUCAAAGGGAAGACUCCAGAAGAGAUCCGCACAACGUUCAACAUCAAGAACGACUUCACACCCGAGGAAGAAGAGGAGGUGCGCAGAGAGAACCAAUGGGCUUUUGAAUGAUGAUUGAAACUUGAGAGAGAAUCAAAAGCAGCAAGCAACCAAUGUUUCUUCUUCCUUAUGUUUAUUGCCGUUUUCAAGUGUUGCUUUUAAUAGUCAUGACUAUGUUCUCUUCCCUCUUCUUGCUUUCUUUCAAGAAUCAAUGUUUUUUACUCUUUUGUUGGAUGGAUAAUUUGUGCUUUUAGAAGAUUUUAAAAGAGUGGUGUUGGUUUGUCUUGCAAAUAUCUUCUUAUUCCUUUUCUUUCCACUUCUGUAACUCUUCCUUUUGUGUCUCUUCUUCCAAGUUCCAUGGCAUUAGAUGAGGUGGUCUGAGUUGAAUCAAUUGAUCGCCACUUU